AUUUUUCUUUUCUAAAUGUGUUCUCCUCUUUUGCAGGUGUUCGGCACAGUUGAGUUGCCGGACAAGCCGAUCAUGUUGCCGCCUUUCGUGGAGGCGACCCACUGUUUGGGCUACCAUCUGACUCGCAAGGGUCGGGCGGUCGCAGACAGGGUGGUCUCAGUCCUCGGCUAUGCUUGCCCAGACAUCACGUACAGCCCUAGUCUGUACCCCAUCACAGCUGCAUUACUGCACUUCAUGCCUGAAGAGGAAUGCUACCACUGCAUGGCGAGCCUGGUGGCGUCCAAGGAGAAGAUGUUCAUCACGCAAACGAAACUACUCAACGAAGUCACAUGGAAGACGGUCAUGCAGAUCGCUAAGAAACAUGCCAAGUCGGCGGCGCAGCACCUGUCGCGGCUGUCGGGAGCGAUCGGGCCCGAGCGGAUCUACGCCGACUGGCAGUGGUGGAUUCUCGCCGCGUUGCCCUUCCCGCACCUCGUGCGAGUGCUCGACUGCUUCUUCCAUGAGGGGAUUAAGGUAUUCUACAGGGUGGCGCUAUCGAUCCUCAUCCUAUUCAACAAGCACGCAUCGAAUCAGAGCUCGGAGUGGUACGCCGAAGCCACGAAGAACGGCGUCGACCACGCCAUUGACAAGUUUUGUAGGAACAUGCCUGCGUCGCCCACCAAGCUGCUCAGGACUGCUUUCAGUAUAAGGGCAUUAAGUUCACAGUACAUAUCGCGGGUGUUCAUCAAGACAGAGAUGACGCUCAAGUCCAAGCAAGUGAUCACCGGGUCCCGGCUCGUUCGCUCCCGGUCCUCAGAUAACCUCCCCACCAGCCAGUCACAAGUCAACAUCCAGAUGAUGUCACACACUCUCACUAUCCGCGAGAGAAUGUCUGAGGAAACGUGCAAACAAAUGCUAUUCACGUUAUGGUCGUGGUUGCCCGUGCGGAUCACGAUGUACCAACCAGUGCUGCUAUACACUACCGAAGAGCAUGGUUGCUCGUUAACCACAUUCUACGUGCGGGUUGAGCACCAUGAACCAACGUUGCUCAUGAUCAAGACAUGUAAUAACGAGGUAUUCGGAGCAUAUUGUUCAACGAGAUGGUUCGAGCGCAACCAGAAAGACGAGCGCGGCAACCGACAGGCUUACUUCGGCACCGGAGAGACAUUCCUCUUUAGCCUUUACCCGGAGCGGGCCAAGUACCCCUGGGUGGGUUGUACCACGGGAGCCGACGGAAAAGGCGAAGAGCGAGUCGCCCACGGCUCCGAACUCUUCAUGGCAGCCGACUCCAAAAUGAUCACCAUUGGCGGAGGUGACGGACAAGCGAUAUGGAUGGACGAGAACAUUCGGUUCGGCAAGACGGAUCGCUGCUCCACAUUCAACAACCCGCCUCUCUGUCCCAGUGGCGACUUCGAAAUCCGCGUCCUCGAAGUCUACGGCUUCUCCGGCGCGUAGAUCGAAGUCACUUCGAAGUCGAAGUCCCUCGUCUCAUAUCCCCGAGUGAUAAAUGUUGUGAUCGUCGCUUCAUGUACGCGAAUCGGCGAAUAAAUACAUUGACAAUGUAUUGACCCUUUGCCGUUUAACAGACUGUGUAGUUGUAUUCCUAAUAUUUAUUCUACAAUAUCUCUGUGUGGCCCCGUAGCAAUCCUAUACGAUUCAAGCUGUCCGUUCAAGACAACGAAGACGGGGAAAUGUAGGUUGUUUAAAAAAAAAUAUUUACUCGUGUUUAGAUUGUGUAAGUACAAAUAAAAUUUUGAAUGUAUCGUACCUACUCUUGAUGGAUUAAAAUAAUACGCUUAUUAUGAAAGCAAUAUGUAUUUGUGGGGUUCGGCCGUGCGGUGGACUAUGUUCGGGGUUUCGGACAUUCCACAUUCCACAACAGCGUUAUCUCAUUGUGAGGAACUUUUAAUUUGUACGACACAGAUUCGGUCCAAACAACAGUAUUUUGGUAUCGUAUAGUAUGUUCUAAUUGCUUAAGAUUCUAUACUCACAGUGAUUUUGUCGUUGCUCACAAAAAUGUACCAAAGAGUUUAUAUGUAGAGCGUAUGCGAUGCCAAGUCAUAGAAACAUGGCAAUAUGUUUUGCACUUCAGUUGAAUUACAAGAGAAAUAAUCACAACCGCGCUCCUUGGUUCUAUGAGGAAACAUCGUGUUUUGCGAACAAAUAUAUUGCACCGGAAACUAGAGAACGAUUGCCAUUCAAUUGUCGCUCUUAUCACGAAGAGAAAAGGUUCAACUCCCACUGCCAUCGUUCGCAGUCAAAAUAGUAUUAUUUAUUAUGUAUUUUCAAAGGUGAUGUGCCAAAAUCGGACCAUUAAACGAAUUGGCUUGAUUCUAAACUUCAGAUAUUAAUCUGGAUGUAUUUGUUUUCUACAUAAAAUUUAUGUAAAAGUAUUUUUACACUUAUUGAUUGUAUUUUUUAUCGACGAAACGUAAGUGAAUUAGUUUUUAUCGAAGAUGAAUUGUGUCGAAAAAUAUUUUAGUUGUUUUUUUUUUUAGUAUGGUGUUUGAGUUCGUUUGUCGUUAUGUAGUUUGAUGUGGUAUGAAGCAACAUUGUUUAAGAUAGAAUUGAGAAGACGCGGUGCGUAUAAAUCUUUAUCAAUGAACUUUGAGUGACGACAAACGAACGUCAGAUGUUGUUAGCGCAAUGCAGGUAACGUGUAGGUGCAGACGACAGCACAUCAACCUACCUCAACCUGUCAAAUUUCUUCAAUAGAUUUUCAACCUUAACACAGUAGUGGAAGGUUAAUGUUCGAUUGGUAAAAUUUUACAGAUGUCAGAUUCGGGUAAGUUGACGUGCUGACGUUUGUACAGUGACGUCAUCGUGUACACAAACACAUCCCUCAGGGUACAACGGGGAACAACCUGCGUUCGUAUCACCCGCGGCAUAUUCCGCUACGAUUUAUUUGUAAAUAUUAUUUCUGUACAGUCUCCUAACUACCUGACCAUGAAACUCAAACCCUUUACAAUUUAAUCACCACUAGAAACGAGGCCCAAACGGAUUGUUAUCAAUGUAAAAAUGUUCACAUGUACCUGAGUAAUGUUUUUAUAUAUAUUAUGUGAAGUUGUGAAUGUCGUUAAGUAUUGUAGCCCAUACACAAAUAUUAUAUCGUUCGGUUAAUAUAGACAUUCUAACUUUUUGAAUAUUUAUAAGGUAUUUGAUUUAGAGGAGGUUAGUUUAAGAUAGCGAAGGAUCAUUCAAUGUUUUGUGGUCUGUUCGAUUUGGAAUGCGCGAAGUUGCCUCUUGAGCAUAAUACGGCUCUAUAGUCUUUAAGAAGAAAGAAAUAAACAUUACAACAUUAAAUUACGGCUGGAUUGAAUUGUAAAGGUAUCCUACCAUGGUCGCUACUUAGCGGACUGUUCGUAGCGUCACUAGGUUUUGUCAUGGUACUACAUGCUAUAAUUAUGUUAUUCAAAAGCCUAAGACUCGUUUUAAAUUCAAAUUAUUUAUGUAACUUAUUGAGUAGGUAACAUGUAACGUUUUAUAUGUAUGUUAUGAUGCGUGUGUGUGCGGCCGACAGAUUACGGUCACAUGUUUUUUUUUUUGUUUUUAGUUUAUGAAACGAUUACUUUUAGCGGCCGGAGCAGUCGGGGUCGCUACUGAGCUUUGACGAAACAUAAGAACUUGGUGAACAAGAAAUAAUAAGUUUUGAUUACGGAUAGUAGUUGGUUUUGACAGAAGCCUCAUACAAUAUACGUCAAAAACUACUGUUCGUAGGCAAAACGACGUUUCUUGUUUACUAACGAGCGGGCAUUAGUGAUUGGCCCCGAGUGUCCGGGCUAUGUCACGAUAUGUUAUGUAGCGGGUGUCGCCCGCACACACACGCUCUCGCGAUAUGUUGCUGUUAGCCAAUUUGUCGUUGAUCAGUGUAAAGUCUAGUCUUUAUCCUGUUUUUAUUAUCUCUAACGAUAUAAUACUAUGUAAACUAUAUACAAAUUGAUAUUUAAAAAGUUCGUGCGUUUUUGCCCUGUCAGGGCGCGUAGGCUCGUGGUUAGUUAGUGUAUAAGUACAUUUAAUAUAUGUAAAUUUAUUAAUCUCCUUUUUCCUUUUCAGUAUUGUGUCGUUUUUUUAUGUGAGGAGCAUAUCAUUGUGUGAGGUAUGUGAGGCGUGGAUGUAGAGAGCUUUGUUCUGUUACUGUGUACUUGUGUACUGUUACAUUCGAAUAGUUUUAGUCCGCCGCGCACGCGACGGUGUAAAACUCGUUUAUGGUAAUGUAAAUGUUGCUUCAUAAUGUGUAAAAAAAUAUAUAAUCCUAUAUACA